UUGAUGUGCAGUGGGAAGGAAUGUGGCGACGGAGAAUUUAUCGAUAUUUUUCAUUGCCCUUUCCGAUAUUUAGCAUUGCCUGUAAAUACCAAGGUGGGGCACAACGCCAUGCACCUUUCAACAGUAUGUCUCCAGGUUUUGGUUCUGCGAUACUGACAUUUGCGGUAUAAUCUUACUGCAGUAACACGGCGGCAAAGUUUGGGGGAAAUUAAAAUCCACUGCUGCAUGCCGCGUCUGUUAAAUUUCCCCUUCUUCCAUUUUCGGCACUAGUACUGCUCUGAGGAAUGAAACAUGCCAGGUCAUCAUACAAGGAACCGCUGUAACUGCAGCUAUCAUGGGUGCAUAGAGAAGCUUUGGGUGUACCUAAUGUUUGGUGUGGCUGACAUUGUGGUAGGGUUUAUGUUGGGAGUGGUGUAUUUCAGUGUCAGGGCGCUGACCACAUCACUCCAGUAUACUGAGACCAUUCCAACCUAUGCUAAUGCCAUCAUAGCAUUCUGUGCUGGCACUUUUGUGAUUUUACUAAACAAAAGGAGAAAUAAAAUAGUGGUAUGCACUGUGAUCAUGUUCUGCAGCACCUGUACAGUGAUGCACUCUGUGUCGGGCUUGACCACUGGUUUCAAGACUAUUAUCUCCUUGACUAGCUUCAGUCGCUGCGUAUAUAGUGCCAAGCAGACCAUGUGUCAUUGUUAUGUGUGGAGAAAGAAUGUUACAGAUUAUACAGAGGAAUCUGAAUACUUUUUCUACAAUGCUCCAAACUGUGGUGUUAUACAGAACAACUUGGUGGACUUCAUGUAUGCUCUGUGUGCCCUGUACACUGCAGGUACUCUUCUGGGGAUUCUUGGCAUACAUCUCAGUUUGGUAGUGUUUAGAACAGAGAAGGAGAGACAAAAACAUUACGAGGAAGAAUACUACUUUCCAAGUUGUGAAGAACAAAACGAAAAUGUCAGGAACUGUUCCCAAGAGAGGUCCAUCACAGGAAGUCCGUCCCAAGUAUCAAGAUGUGGUGCUAUGCAGGGUACCAACCCUUCAGCUAGUCCCCCUGUCAGUGGCCCCUUUAGUCGUAGAAUCAUGCUCCCUGGGGAACCCCAGUUACGCCUGUUGGGAGUACGUCGAAGUGAAAGUCUAGUCCGCACUGGUCGUGAAAACACUGGUCCAACUGAUGGAGAAAAUGCUCCGAGUGGAUUAAGAAAUGCCUCUGUUGAAAAUGUCCAUCAAAAUUCUUAUAGUAGUCCAGUUACAACAAAUUCCAAUGUGUAUGACUUAGGUUAUCCAUAUUAUGGAAAUUUUCCCCUUAUAUGCAGUGGGGGCUAUAUUUUACCAGCUCAACCAUUCCAGCGUUUGCCAUCCUGCCAUGAACCUUUACCUCCCCAUCCAUUGCAAAGAUCGAGAAAUCCGUCCGACACGCUCCUAUCUUGUCCCAUUCCUAGGUUACCAGCAACUAAUGCUUCACGUCUGCCUCCAAGACCACUUAGAAGAGGAGCCAGUGUUGGAGCAGCAGAUAAUGCCCAACGAGUUUUGCAACGUCAUGCAACCUCAAGUCAUAACAGAUUUGGAAGAAGGUUGAAUAGAUCAAGUAGUUUUCAUAGCACAGUUCCACAGUCACAUCUUGGCACAUUACCUCUGGCCCAACUGCCACAAUCUGACAUUGAAGCAGAACCAUUUGGGUGGAUGCAUUUCUUUGCCGGGUUUUCUCAUUUUGUUCCUAUGCCCCCAGGAACCGUGCCAAUCCCCUUUGAUCCACCUCCCCCUUAUGCUCAGCCACCACCUUAUGCAGAAAAUGACCCAGUUCAGGAAAAUGCAUCCCAAAAUAGCUCCAAUAGGGAAGGAGAGGGUGGAGACAGUGUUAUAAGCUCAGCCAAUACAGUUGGUAAUUCGGUGGUAUCAAAUAGUGAUAACAAUGCUAGUGACUUAGGGAGACCAAGCUCUGACACUCAGUCUGUAGAUGUAACAGUGACGGUUAUUUAGAAUUCUAAAUUAGAAUUUUAACACUGUUUACACUGCCCAAGCAAUGUUUUAAGUAUGUGCACUCAUACUUUUGUUUAAUAUUUAAAUAUUUAACUGAUACAAGUUUACUUUUGAAUGGAAUCUCAUAAGAUUCUGUCAAGACAUUGUUUGAAUUCAAGGUGUUCUCUUUCCUAUUUUCCAAAGUCAUGAUUGUAAAUUUGACUUACUUCUGUAUGUGCCAAUUUUGCUUUUAAAUUUUGUAUUUCAGUAUUUAACUGAUACAAGUUAACUUUUUAAUGGAAUCUCACAAGAGUCUGUUGAGACAUUGUUUGAAUUCAAGGUGUUCUCUUUCCUAUUCUCCCAAGUCAUGGUUGUAAAUUCCAUUUACUUUUGUAUGUGCCAAUUUUGCUUUUUAAUUUCAUAUUUCAAUAUUUAACUGUUACAAGUUUACUUUUUAAGAAGACUGGUAAGACAUUGUUUGAAUUCAAGAUGUUCUCUUUCCGAUUCUCACAAGUCAUGAUUGUAAAUUUGACUUACUUCUGUAUGUGCCAAUUUUGCUUUUUAAUUUCAUAUUUCAAUAUUUAACUGAUACAAGUUAACUUUUUAAUGGAAUCUCACAAGAGUCUGUUAAGACAUUGUUCGAAUUCAAGGUGUUCUCUUUCCAAUUCGCCCAAGCCAUGGUUGCAAAUUCGAUUUACUUUUCUCUGUGCCAAUUUUGUUUUUUUAUUUCAUAUUUCAAUAUUUAACUGUUACAAGUUUACUUUUUAAGAAGUCUGGUAAGACAUUGUUUGAAUUCAAGAUGUUCUCUUUCCAAUUCCCCCCAAGUCAUGGUUGCAAAUUCGAUUUACUUUUCUAUGUGCAAAUGUUGCUUUUUAAUUUCAUAUUUCAAUAUUUAACUGUUACAAGUUUACUUUUUAAGAAGUCUGGUAAGACAUUGUUUGAAUUCAAGAUGUUCUCUUUCCAAUUCCCCCCAAGUCAUGGUUGCAAAUUCGAUUUACUUCUCUAUGUGACAAUUUUGCUUUUUAAUUUCAUAUUUCAAUAUUUAACUGUUACAAGUUUACUUUUUAAGAAGUCUGGUAAGACAUUGUUUGAAUUCAAGAUGUUCUCUUUCCAAUUCCCCCCAAGUCAUGGUUGCAAAUUCGAUUUACUUCUCUAUGUGACAAUUUUGCUUUUUAAUUUCAUAUUUCAAUAUUUAACUGUUACAAUUUAACUUUUAAAUGGAAUUUCACAAGAGUUGUCAAGACACUGUUUGAAUUCAAGAUGUUCUCUUUUCAAUUUCCCCCAAGUCAUGGUUGUAAAUUUGAUUUACUUCUGAAUGUGCCAAUUUUACAUUUGCAUCAAAGUAGAUUUUCUUCACUUUUUAUGUACUAUUAACCCUUGCAAUUUAAUGAA